AUGGACUGUCAUACCCAAGCUCUACAAUCAAAUAUCGGUCAACAUACGGACGGAAGAGAGUUCAAUACUGGCCGCCGCUACCUCGAAAGACCAAAAGAAAGACCCAAGACAAGCGACCGGGUACUGAACCUGUACGAAGAUAAAGAGUAUGACGGGUCGUUCGACAACAAGCCGAUGCAUCUGUACGAUAUCAACUUUAUCCACCCAUUUCAAUUCUUGGAGACUGAUCAGGUUCGGUUAGAACCGUUUGUGCCCGUAAAGCACAUAGACGGGUUUCUCGCUCUCCCGGAUUCUUCUUGGAAUGUCAUGGGCGACCUUGGCCCAUAUAACCGGCAGACGGCGUUGGAAGAUAUCGAAGCGUUCAGAUCAGAUCCGCAAUGUCUACUUUUAGCCAUCAUGGAUAAACAAAGAGAAAAUGCUGAAAUGGAUGCGUUUGCAGGGGUCUACGGACUGAUAGAAGUCAGUGAAUACAUGGAUGCCGUAUUCGGCGUGAUUAACGUCCACCCUAGAUAUCAGAGGACUCAUGUCAAUAGCCACUGCAUGUCUCUCGUUCUGUCCUAUCUCUUCGACACUCUCCGACUCAUCCGUGUCCAGUACGAUGCUGUCAUCUUCAACGUUCAGUCGAUCAAAUCGGCCGGGCGUUUUGGGUUUAAAGAAGAGGGUAUUGCGAGAAAUUACAACGGACUAGUUCCUGCUUCGAAGAAGAGAAAAGGAGAGGAGAAAAGACAAAGUCAGGAUAUGUGGUUGGGUUCUAUGACAGAUUACGAGUGGGACACUGAAGGUAGAAAUAGGUUGAAGGAGAUGUUGAAAAGAACGCCCGUGGACACGACGUCUCUGGAGUAG